UGAUGCUCUCAGCAGCGGGUUUCGUAUGGUUAUCGCUUGCGACCUAAAAAGCUGCCGUUUUGCCCGUGCAGAGGUAAAAUGACCAGCACGGAGAUCCAGAAUUCGGGAGAGGAGCCCUGCUUUCGCCUGGAGCACCUACCGGGCAAGAGCCCGCACCUAGCGGGCAAGGCGUCUCCGCAGGUGAACAGCCGCUGGGAUGCGCCUCAAGUGACGGCCAACGGGGUCCAUGACAUUGAGGAUCGGAUAUUACGAAUCACUGGUUAUUACGGCUAUAAACCCGGGUACUCCAGCCACAGAAGAGAGGACGGCACAGAAUCACAUGCAGAGACUCCAGUCAGUGAAACAAGUGGAGAUGGCACUGCAUAUCAGACCUGCGUCAACACAGUGCUCAAGGUGCUGGGCGGUUUGCUGGUGGUGCUGUGUGUCUCCUCGUGCUGGGUGGGCAUCACACAAGUGGUCCAGCUCACAUUCAAAUCCUUUUCCUGUCCCUUUUUCAUCACAUGGUUCAGCACCAACUGGAACAUUCUCUUCUUCCCCCUCUACUAUUCUGGGCACAUGGCCACUACCAGAGAAAAACAGACGCCCAUUCAGAAAUUCAGGGAAUGUAGUCGGUUGUUUGGGGAGGACGGAAUGUCUCUGAUGGUGUUUCUGAAGAGAACGGCGCCUUUCUCCAUCUUGUGGACGCUUACUAACUACCUGUACCUGUUAGCACUGAGAAAACUAACCGCUACAGACGUCUCAGCACUCUACUGCUGCCACAAGGCCUUUGUCUUCCUCUUGUCGUGGAUUGUCCUCAAGGAUCGUUUCAUGGGUGUGCGGAUUGUGGCUGCCAUUAUGGCUAUCACAGGCAUUGUGAUGAUGGCAUAUGCUGAUGGUUUCCAUGGGGAUUCCUUUAUGGGUGUGGCCUUAGCAGUCGGCUCCGCCUCCACUUCUGCUCUCUACAAGGUGCUGUUUAAGAUGUUCCUCGGCAGUGCCAAUCUGGGCGAGGCUGCUCAUUUCUUCUCCACAAUGGGCUUUUUCAAUCUCAUCUUCAUCUCCUGUGUUCCCCUCAUCCUGUAUUUCACCAGAGUGGAGCACUGGGGUUCCCUCUCCUCUUUGCCCUGGGGUUACCUCUGCGGGGUGGCCGGCCUUUGGCUAGUAUUUAACAUCCUGGUCAAUGUUGGAGUGGUACUCACGUAUCCUAUUCUCAUAUCCAUUGGGACGUUACUCAGUGUUCCAGGCAAUGCAGCCAUUGACGUGCUGAAGCACGAGGUCAUCUUCAGCGUGGUGCGUCUAGCUGCCACCUGCAUCAUCUGCCUGGGCUUCCUGCUGCUGCUGCUCCCUGAGGAGUGGGAUACGGUCACCCUGCGCUUCCUCACCACCCUGGCCGACAAGAAGACGGAGGAGCACGGCGAGGAGCUCACAGAAUCCAGCGUCCACACACGCAGCCGCAGUAGAGCCAACGGAGCCGUAUCCAUCCCCAUGGCAUGACCUUAGACCUGUGAACGAAUAGCCAGCGAUCAAUGAUCCACCCUGUGGCAGCCUAUGUAAAAAAAUAAAAUAAAAGAGCAGUUUGAUUGUAUUUGUAUUUUGGAAAGACAAAAGAGAAUAAGCAAAGUGAAGAUGACGAAUAGUAUUUUCUUUAAUUAAUAACCAUAACAACAACAAAUCAGAAGAAAUGUCACCGAACAUGCCGUCCUGCUCUUUAAUAGAGAUGACAGCGGAGGCUUGAGUGUUCUGAGAAGAGCGUCCCAUUAAAACAGGGAUAUUUACAGACAGUAUUUUUCUUGUUUUACAGAAGGGAUCUAGCAUUCUCUUCCCUGCCAUUUCUAUGGGAAGAUAUACGCAUCCAUUCCAUAGAAAUGGACUUUCAGACUUUUGUCUCCCGCUGCACGCCAAUCCCGCACCCCUGAACCCCUCUGCUAGCCCCUUCCCAUGGAAUGUAUUCUGUGAAUAUAGACUCUGUCAGGGCCAGUUUGGCUCACUACAUGAAUGCAUACAGAGAUCGGAUAUAUAUGUAUAUGAAAUAUGAGGAUUAUUUGCAUUGUACGUAGUAUGUAAUAUAUG